GGGUGAGCAGGCAGGUCAGACAUGGUUGCGAGUGCAUCCAGUGGGUUGUGUUCAUGUGUUGUGCUCAGUGGAAGACCCUGGGGCCUGGAUCCUGAUUCCUGUCUGAGCUGAAUCUGAAGACAGAAGACUGACUCGGUGGAUUUGCUGGUGUGGACAGAGGUGGAGGCCAGCAGGAGACCACCUCUCUCCCUGCCCAUUCAUGGGCAUCGCUGGGGGCCAGAAGAUCAGUUUUGCUCUGAGGCCUGUAAGCGAUGAAGAGCAGCUCCAUGGACCCUCAAAGACGUGUAGUGCUUCGCCACAGGAGAUGAAUGAGGUAACAAGUUCGUGUGGAUCAUGUUGCUGUGGCUUGGGUCCUGAAGGCCAGCAGCCACAGACUUAUGACUGGAAACGACCCCCCCACCCUGUCCACACUUGCCAAAUAUAUACCCUCCUAAAGUAAAUAUAAUCCUGUUCUGAGUCCACAUGGAAAAGGCCAAUCUACCUGCUCAGCAGCCGAGUCCCACACUCACUUAGUCACUUGGCUCCCUUGAGACUCAUUUGGUCUGAACGCUGCGGAACUUAGUCCCAGGUCUGAGCUCACUCAGCUAUGGGGGACUGGAACCUCCUGGGAAAGCUCCUAGAAAAAGCCCAGGAGCACUCCACGGUGGUGGGGAAAGUGUGGCUCACCGUCCUGUUCAUCUUCCGCAUUCUGAUCCUGAGCGCCGCGACGGAGAAAGUCUGGGGUGACGAGCUGUCGGGCUUCACCUGUGACACCAAGCAGCCUGGUUGCGAGAAUGUGUGCUAUGACAUCACCUUCCCCAUCUCCCAUGUCCGCUUCUGGGUGUUGCAGAUCAUCUUCGUGUCCACGCCGACAUUGAUCUACCUGGGGCACAUCGUCCAUCUCGUGCGGAUGGAGGAAAAGCAAAAGGAGAAAGAGCGGGCGAAGGAACAAGCACAUCAUUCAGACAAGCAGGCCCUCAUUGUGGAAGCUCACCACAAAAAGGCCCUGGUGAGGGAUGAGAAGGGCAGAGUGCGCCUGAAGGGGGAGCUUUUAUGCACAUAUGUCUUCAAUGUGAUUUUUAAAACCCUGUUUGAGGUAGGCUUUAUUGUGGCUCAGUAUCUCUUGUAUGGCUUUGAACUGAAGCCCAUGUACACAUGUGACAGACCACCCUGCCCCAAUGUGGUGAACUGCUACAUAUCCCGACCCACUGAGAAAACCAUCUUUAUCAUCUUCAUGCUUGGGGUGGCAAGCGUGUCUCUGCUCCUAAACCUCAUAGAGGUCUACCACCUGGGCUUCACCAAGUGUCGCCAGGGCAUUACCUUCAGAAGACGUCAACAGGCUUGUGGGAAUAACUCCAAAGAUGCCACUGUGCCCUUUGCCCCGAGUUAUGAUGACUAUUUUCACGGGCACCACCAAGUCCAGCCUGCCUACCCUCCUGUGCCGAGCUACAACCUCUCCCCUCUGUCUGAGGGCACAGACUCGUCCUUCCACCCCUACCACAGCAAGGCGGCAUACAAACAGAAUAAGGACAACCUAGCGGUCGAAAGGAGCAGCAGCAAGCCAGAGGAAUGUGACCUGAAAGGGAAGAAGGGAGCAGGAUCGGCCCCUGGGUCACCAACGCAAUCCCGGCCCAGCCGCGGUGCCAAACACAGCAGCAACAAGACUAGAAUAGACGAUCUGAAGAUAUGAAAAGGUUUAUGUUUCUCAUAAACCUCUUAGGUCUUAAACUGCUGUGAGACGAUCACGUGUUGUUUGGACACAUUCAUACAUGUUGAAGUGGCCUCUGCUUUUUUGAGACGGCACGGGUCUGAGUCAGUCCAGCCUUCAGGGGAGUGACAGUGAUUGGGCACACGAAGACGCUGUAAUUGUAUUGUGAUGUUGGAACACUGUAUGAAAGAAUAAUUCAAAUCCAAAAAACAA